AUGAAUCUUAGACGGCGUAAAAGGGUUGAGCUGCUUAAGGAUUACGACUGUACCAUUGAGUACCAUUCUGGCAAGGUCAAUAUGGUGGCCGAUGCAUUGAGCCGUAAGGCUAUGACAGAUCAGAGAACGAUGUUCGCUCGACUUAGCUUGUUCGAUGAUGGGAUUUUUCUGGUUGAGUUGCAAGUCAAACCAACUUGGAUCGAGACAUGUGUACUGAAUGAUCCUGAUUUGAGGCAGUCUAUACUAAGUGAGGCAUAUAGUAUCCCUUACGCUAUGUACCCUAGUGGAAAUAAGAUGUACCGGGAUCAUCAAGAGUUAUGUCUGACCUGCCAGCAGGUUAAGGUUGAGCAUCAGUUACCUUUGGGUCUACUACAGUCGAUUAAGAUUUCGCUAUGGAAGUGGGAGCGAGUGAUGAUGGAUUUUAAGCUGAAGAAGGUUUAUAUUUCUGAGAUAGUAAGACUGCAUCCGGUACCGGUUUCGAUCAUCUUUGAUAAGGAUCUUCGCGUUACGUCUCUGUUUUGGAAAAAGUUAUAUGAGGCUUUGGGUUCAAGUUGGGAGGAUUAUCUACCGUUAGUGGAGUUUGCUUAUAAUAAUAGUUACCAGUCUAGCACCCAGGUGGCACCUUACGAGGCCCUAUAUGGUCGUAAGUGUUGCACUCUCUUAUGUUGGACUGAGUUGGGCAAGCAAUGUGUUCUGGGUCCCGAAUUGGUUUCUAAGAUAGAAGAUAAGGUCUCGCAAUGGAAGAAGAUCCUAAGGUUUGGUCAUAAGGGCAAGCUGAGCCCUAGGUUUAUUAGACCUUACCGUAUUCUGAAGCGAGAGGGACUGGUCGCUUAUCAGUUGGAGUUACCUUCGGAGUUAGAUCGUAUCCAUGACAUGUUUCACAUCUCUAUGCUGAGGCGCUAUCACUUUGAUCCUACUCACAUUGUCCCUAUUGAGGAGAUCGAGGUUAGGCCAGAUUUGACCUUCGAGGAGGAGCCAAUUCAGAUUCUGGAUCGUGAUGUAAAAGUUCUUCGAAAGAAGUCUAUCCAUUUAUUGGAGGUGUUGUGGCAGAAUUAUAGCACUGAGAUGGCCACGUGGGAGCCUGAAGAUAAUAGCCCUACUGGUCUGGUGGUUAAGAUGUGUGUUGAUGUGCUGGAGGUCUUGAAUUCUAAUCCUUGCUCAAGCCAACAAAUCGCGAGGAAUGAGGCUAUUAUCUUGCAGAAUCGUAAUCAAAAGGUUUGGAGUGUUGGGUUGCAGCAGCGUCAAAAACGUACCAGGUGUGUACUCAAUUGCAUAGAAAAUGAGGUUUCAACGAAAGCCAAAAACCUCAUUGUCGGCGCCACACUGCUGGAUCAUGACGUGGAGGUGCUGGAGGCGAUAUGUGCAAAUGUUGGCAAAUUUGUUGUAGUGUCGCCUCGAUGCUGUCGGAUUGUUGAGCGCAAUACUGCUCAAAGCGAUGAAGAUGGUCAGAAACUUCAGAUAUUAAAGCAGCCGCAUGAACUGGUCGGUGGCUCAGUGGUGGCUGUGAUGGUGGGUCCUCCUGAAAGGUAG